UUGGCGAGUAACAGCAACAUUAGAAAGACAGUAGAAACUGUCAACUUGUCCAUUAAUUUCGUUAAAUAUAGUUGUCAAUUUAUCCUUUAUGCAGAAAUUUAAGCUCCCGAUGGUUGGAUUUAUCGAGUUCGUGCAUUUAUUUCAGGCGAUAUAAUAAUGAUGUGGCCACGUUGAUACUAGUGUAAUCAAAUUGGGUUGCCAGUCUACAGCGAUAAUAUUAGUUUUGUAAUAAUAAUGUGUAAAAACAACUAUGGAGCAGCCGAAGAUGCGAUGCUGCGUUAAGGAGUUGGAUCUUACGUUGCAGCCUCGCAUUGCACCGAGAUACAAAAGUUGGCUACCUCUUGCUACACAACAGCUUCGUCUGAGGAAUUUGAUUCAGAUUGUUGGAUAUCAGUUAAAAAUAAAUAAUAAGCGAGAGAAAUGCUGGUUUUAUUAUACGAUGCACAGGACGAGUAUGUCCUCUCCUUUAUAUACGAGCGAACCUAUAGACAAUAGUAGUCCGAGAUGGGCGAGUCUGGAAGUGCCUACUCUGCAAGGUACAGGUCAUUCGAAUGCAAGCGAAAUCAUUAUAAGGCUAUGGAAAAGAACCGUUAAAGAAGAUCUAUCAUCGGAUAUUACCGAAUUUACUUGGGGCAUAUCAUUUACAGGACUGACUUACAUAGGAUCAAAGUUAUCGAACAAUUUGGAAACAUUUCUCCAUGAGAAUUCGUUGGUCUUUCAUUUUCACGGUGGUUUCUUUGCACCACCCUUUUGCCUCGUUACCAAUCCUGAUUCUAAAAGAUUCCUCGUCAUGGGUGUUAAUUCGUUUGAAGUUAAAGACAGUUACACGGUUAAUAAACUCAGUAGUUUAAGAAGUAAAAUGCAAGCACUGAAGCAACAAAUUGAUUCCGUACAAAAUUUAAGGGAGCGAAUAGCAUCCGGAGAAAGUUUAAUAGUUCCAAAGUAUCCACAGUCGUCGUUGAAUAGAUUGUUUCAACCGAAAAAAGUGAGCAGAGAAAAGAAAGCCGAAAUUGUCAGGAUACGCAAGGAUUUAGAAGUAGCUAAGUUUAGAACUAAACUGUUAGAACAAGAGAGAGUAAGGAAGAUGGGAGAAAUUCGGAUGCUAAAUCAGUGCCAUUCUGACUUAAUGGAAGAAAAUCAAGAUCAUGGAUCUAAUCUCAUGAAUCGAUAUCGAGAACUUAAUAAAGACAUAGAAAGAUUGUAUGAAUGGCGACAGAAUCACAUCGAUUCUAGAGAAACAUAUAUUCAAACAACCGCACGCCUUGCUCACCGCCGGAGGCAGCUUAUCACCGAGCUGAGCUUCAUUUAUCCUAUUAAUCAACAACAAGACGAUAGGUUUACGAUCAACGAUGUGCAUUUACCGGACAGUGAAAAAUUAGACGGUUCGAACGAUACGCAAGUGGCGGUUGCUCUUGGAUUUGUUGCUCACACGACGCAAAUGAUUGCCAAUAUUUUGAACGUACCCACUAGAUAUCCCAUUAUACAUUAUGGUUCUCGUAGUAAGAUCAUCGAUCACGUUACUGGAAAUCUGCCAGAUCCUGAUCGGCAGUUUCCCUUAUUCGCUCGAAGUAAAGAUAAAUUACAAUUCCAUUAUGCGGUGUACUUGUUAAAUAAGAAUAUAGCGCAGCUGCGAUGGUAUUGUGGUCUUCCGACAGCUGAUUUGCGCGCUACAUUACCAAAUCUUUCGGGACUAAUUAAUGUAAAGCAGAGUCAUACCUUGGACAGCUCGAAGCGAACAUUUUCUGGCUCCUCGUUGGAUGUAGACAUUGGCAAUAAUAAAAGCAAUAUUUCUCUCACACCGCCAAUACACAAAGUUCUAUUUGAAAAAUUUCACAGAACUACUCGGUCGAUAAGUCACUUUAAAGGUACCAAGUCAUUGCUUGGCUCCUCCCUCGAUCAAGGAUUAAAUCAACCUGCGAUGAAUACUCGGCUUUUGAACAACCAGUCCAAACGAAUCUGUAAAUCCGAAGAAAGCGCGAUUGAUAAUACAGUCUUGACUCUGCCAAGGAACGUGUGUAAUAUAAGCAGCGACGAGACUUUGAACGAGGCUAUUUUUCAAAAGAGCCAGGAUUCCACGAGCAGAGUUCCAAAUAGCUGCAAUAAUUUUGAAACUAAUAAUAUAACACUGAUCGAGAGUGACAUUGAAAUAAUGGUGCCAAUGUCAGUAUCAAAACCAAGAGUUAGCCCGGAUAAUAACGAUAAUCUUGCGAAUACCAGACAACGGAGCUCAAAUUCAAUAAGUAGUUGCGAAAUGGCUUUAAGCGGUAGCAUAGUAGACGGAGAAGACAGUUCUAACGGCAACUCUUCCAUUAAGAAUGACGAAUGCUGCGACGGAGUUUUUACUAGUCAAGAGAACGUUAAACGCAAUACUGAUAGUAAAGGCUGUUGCGCCAAUGAAAAUCUUAGCAUUGAAAAUGAAAUCCUCGUUGGAUCUCAAGGAUCUCAAAGAUCUCAAAGAUCUCGGAAUGAAGAAUUUGAUGAUACUCUCGAGCGGAAUUCAGGGGUCAAUAAAGCAGAUGAUAUUAGUCAUUCCUUGGAACAAAUGAACGAUUGUGAUAGCACGAGUGCGAGUUUAAAACCAAAUUCGCAAGAAAAUUUGAUGUCAAGAGAAGAUACGAUGAAAUGUGAUAGGGAAGGAAGGCAAUAUCAAAGGCGAACUCAAGAAACUCUUGAUGAGCAAAGUACAGGUAGAUUUGAAGAAAUUGCCAAAGAAUUUGUAGAUGAACAAGUCUGUGAUUCAUUGUUGCAAGAUGAAUUAACAUUAAGCAUACGCGAAGUACAAAAUAAGUUAAAUCCCAAUGACGUCACAUCGCCGACAGAGUAUAUGGAUUCUAUAAGACGAAGUUCGGAAAGCGUUUACGCACGAACCGAAGCCUUAGCGAAUAAGACUACCAGUUUCAAAGUGAUGAGGCCACGCUUAUAAAAAUGUAUACAAUUAAAAUAUUAAUAAUUACUUUGAAGUUAUCAAGAAGGUUAUUUUUUUAAUUAAAAAUUAGCCUGUCAUUACGUCUAUGUACAUUAAUCGCCAAUAAAGCUUUGCGUUUAUUUAUUAAAAUCAA